GAUAAUGGAUUGCUCAGGAGACAAGAGUCCAAAAUGGCAGCUGCCGCCAAGGGCAAAAUGAAUCCUGAGGGUAAGCUGCGCUCGAGGCAGCCGCAACACCAGUGCCCAAUCCAGGAGGCAGUGGGACACCGCCGGAACCCACACCAGGUGGCGUCAUCAAAGAAACUGAAGGACAAGGGUCUGCAUCAGGUUUUAGAAAAUCAGUUGAAGGUCUGUGGCUAUAAAAAUGUUACCGAUGUCACUGAUUUGUACCUUGGUGAAAAAGGAUUAAAAGAAGUCCCUGAUUUAUCACGAUUCCGGAAGUUAAAUUAUUUGUGGCUAAACAAUAAUAAGAUCCAGAAACUAACUUUCUUGAAGCACAACUGCUGCCUGAGAGAACUGUACCUCAACAACAAUGAAAUCAGAGAUAUUGCAGGUGCUCUAAGACACGUACAUGCAUUGCAGAUCCUGAUGCUUCACAACAACCAGUUGAAAAACCUGGACGCAACUGUGAAUGAGCUCAAAGCAAUGCUAAGUCUACAGACCUUAAACCUAUUUAACAACCCUCUGUCACAAGACUGCAGAUACCAUCUAUAUGUAAUAUAUCACCUUCCUUCGGUAACAUUGCUUGACAGAAAAGAAAUAACCACAAAAGAGAGGGAAUCAGCUCUGCAUAUUUACAACCACAAAAAGACCCUUGUUCUCCAGUCUAUAGGAUUUGGAAAGAGAAUAGACACACCACUAUUGCUGAAGCCAUUAUUUAGCCUGUCACCCACUAAAGUGUUACGUUUGCCUGCAGGUUGUGAGUUUGGAAAUCAUCUUGUUAAAAUUCCAUUUGAAAAUCCAGAAGAUGCUGUCUUUGUGAGGGCAAUGAAGCGUUCUCUAGUGGAGUUCUCAAUUGUUGAUUGGAAGAAAAUGCCCACCUCUGAAGAGAGACGCCUUGGCAUCAAGCCAGAAAAUAAGCCAGAGAGACUGACAAUCAGAAUCAGAUAGCCCCACAUUUUCUUUGGGGCUGUUAAGAAGAUCUCUUUUCCUGUUAAUUCAUGUUAACAUGUUUCUGUUGUAACUCUCAAUUAAGAAUCAUUUCAAGCAGAAAAUCUCUUGUGUUAUUUUAGUACUUGCUAUAAUAGGUAGGCAAGGAGUACAUUUCAAGCUAUAAAACCACCAUCUGAAAGGUUUAAUACCUUCCUCAUUGUUCAGUUCACAGAAUUGUUGUAUUUAUUAUUUUUCCAAGUAAAUACAAUUCAAACAGUGCCAAAAGUGAAA